UUCAUCACUAAAAAGUCUGAAUCUCCAAAGAUCUCUUUUUCUUUGCUUGACAAAUUCAACAGCAACAAUCAGACAGAAAGUCCAAAGCCACCAAAGUUUUCUUUCACAGUCCAUACAGUUCAAAGUUGAAAAGACUUCCAACUUCCAAUCCCAUGGAUUGUUCCUUAUACAGAGACUUUUCCAAUUUCUUCCCCUCAACGUGAUCAAUGAUGGUAGUUUAGAAGGAAAUGGUUACCCAACCCGAAGCAAAUGGAAACCAAUGGUAGCGAUCAUCACCCCCAUGAAAAUCACCUUUCAACAGGUUUAAAUAAUGAUAACAAAGAUCAAUCCACUGAGAAGGAGGUUUUUGUUAAUCAUGCUGAAAUAACUUGGCUUGAGAUUAGAAGACAGUGGGUUGGGGAUCAGACUCAAAAAUCAAAAAGAAUGCCCCAGGAACCAAUAAUGAGCUGGACCUCAACUUAUUAUGAUUUGCUUUGUUCGACUGAACUUUUUCAACAGCCAAUUCCAUUAGCUGAGAUGGUGGAUUUUUUAGUUGACAUCUGGCACGAAGAAGGCCUCUAUGACUAGAAACUUGGGAAAUAUAUUGUGGCAGUUGAACAGUUUUUGGUGCAGAUUGACCAAGAUGAAGCAAAACUCAUAGGUUAUACAGAUUUUCACUGUCAAAAUUGAUUGAAUGACUCUUAUUCUUGAUUAGAUAAACAAGAAUCGUUAAAAUCAAUCUGGUGUAGAGUUCAAUGAAACUGAGGGGAUUUUAGUUCAUGUAUUUGUCUAAUCUUUAGUUCAAUUAAAGAUCUUUUUCUUUUGGUUUGAUAAAAUUUUUUGCUGACUUUAGUGGGGGAUCAAAUGUGUUGCCAUCUUGAUAAAGAAAUGGCCAAGGAAAGAUUCUACUUGGAUUUGAGUGGUGUGUGAAAUGUGUAUAACCAUUUUUGCAGUGUCAUCAAAUCAUCAUGCUAACAGGUUGCAGAAAAAAAGGGUUUUAUUUAAUUGCUGUUUUUGCUAUUUUCCCUUUGAUUUCAUAUCCUGUAUUUUGCUUGCAUGCACCAAGCAAGACUUACCAUAUGCCGGCAUUGGCGUUAGCUGAUAGAUUGUAAAACAAGGUUAUUUGUUGGGCCUUGCUCUACUUGCAUUCCUCACUCAACACAGCAUAACUGUGAAUAUUACGACUUAAUUCUUUAGAAAGAGAAAAUAGUUUUCUUUGUUUGAGUUUAAAGUUUAAACUCACAACUUGAUAUUUACUAUUAGUAGUACUAUUAAGAGUAUUUUUAAAUUUUUGU